AUGGAUCGUUUCUUUAGUCAAGUAAAUAAGAUUCGGCUUGUCAUUGAAAAUAGCAACAGACAAGUCAUCUGCUUUCAAGUGGGCCUGUUCGUACCAGAAGAAUGUCUUUUUCUGGUACCAGAUGUCUUGUUGUGGGAUCCGCUGUUACAUUUUCCAGAGCUAGUCCUUCUCUGUCCGUCAUGCGAUGAGACAAAUACUCAAGAGACCCUCAACCUCAUUCGUUGGAAAGAUGGUAGUAAGGACUACGACCAACCACGUCUUCUGUAUGGCCUAAGAAACGAUGUGCUGCUCGUUGGACGAGUCUACCUGUGUCGAAAUAAGCACCAAAUUCUUAGUCACGAUCAAGGCAUUUUAUAUCAAUUGAGAGCUGGUUUUCAGCCGCCAUUUAUGUUAUUUCACAAGAUAGGAGUCACAAGAGAGUUGUUCCGGUUUUUCAUCUCGCACAUAAGCGCGGGGAUGACAAUUUCCGAUGUCCAAGUCCUUUGGCAUCAAAGUCUGUUUGACGAGUAUGGUGUACGAAAGAUGAGUUUCCUCACGGAGAAGAACGAAAGCCCAGAAGCAUUUCCAAGUUUUUCACCGAAAGGCAUCAAGGUUGGAGAAAAAGUUUCAACAUGCUGUUAUAUUAUGGGAUACUUUGAAAAAGAACAUCUGUACCACAAAAGAAUGUGUCAGAUGAGAGCUUCUUCAUUAAGUGCUGAUCAUACAUUUAAAGUGUCUGCAAAUAUUGGCUUUUGGUGUGAGGGAAAGUGGAUACAGCUGUAUGACAGUUUAUUCAUAGUUAUGAACGAAAUCGGCAUAGUUUUAGCCUGGAAACUUUGCAAGGGAACAGCUUUCGAUAAAGUUAAAGAUCUGUUGACCAGUUUAAAAGACAGACUUGCCUCUAAAGGUUGUGUUGUUAACCAUUUCUAUAUUGACAACUGUUGCAAGUGGAGGCAUAAACUGAAUUCUGUUUUUGAUGAGGUGUCUAUAAAGCUUGAUCCUUUUCAUGCAAUACAGAGAGUAGUGACAAAAAUACCAAAGAAGGGUGGCAGUGGGCCACUUCAAAAGCUGCGCACACAAAUGCUGCAUGACUUUAAAUUGAUUCUGAGGGACCCAACAGACCAUGGAAUGAAAAGAUCAAAGUCAAUUCCAUCAGUGAGUAUUAUUGAGAAAAACAUUGAUAACUUUCUUAUACAGUGGAAAUCUGUAGAAUAUGAAGGAACAAAGGUUAUCCCCCAGAGUGCUAUUAAUGAAAUUGAAAAAUUAUUAGUUCAUGUCCGAAAGGAUUGUUUGUCAGAUAUUCCACCUUCUGGAGGUACCAGUCGGAAUGAAGGAAUUCAUAAAGUUCUUAACAAAACUCUGAGGAAGUCAAGAAUUGGAAUCCAAUUUGUAUUAGCACUUCUUGGCAUUUUCUUUUAUAUGUGGAAUGAGAAGAAAAUAACAGCAACUGAAGACCAAAGAAGAAUAAGGGUGACUCCACCAAUUGAAUCACAUUUUGAACAUUUGGAAAGCAAUCAAGAUGGAUCUGGUAAUCAUCAUUUUGGAAUAACUGAUCAAGAUGUGGUCCUACCAAAAACUGGAGACUUUGGCUUAUCUUCAUAUUGUAGUAACCAUGGACAAGAUAAUACUCAGGGAGAAAUUGUGGAACAAUUAAGUAACUUUUUAGAUGGCAUGUCAUCAAACAUAUCCUCAGAUGAAGAUGAACCCAGUGUUUCUGAAACUAUCUCACCACCACCCUUUCCCAAUUUGAGCAAACAGCAGCAGCAUAAAGUUAUGAAGUCAGCAAAGUGUAUGGCAGAGCUUUGUGAACAAAUUCAGUCACUUGGCCAGUAUGCAAGAUUUAAUCCAAACUAUUUGUUCUUUACAAAAAGUAGCUUGACACUCUUCCACUCUGGUUUAGUUAGCAACAAAAAGUCUUCCUCACUUGAUAAUGUUCUAUCAAAUUUCAACAUGGUCCGUGUUAAUGUUCCACCAAAUGGUAACUGUUUCUUCCUGGCUAUUGCAUAUGCAAUAGUCAAUCGCAUUAUUCCAAAUAAAGCAAUAUCAAAUGAUUUAGUCAGCCAUCUGGAGUCACUUAGACUGAUGAACUGCAAAGACACAAAUAAAAUGAGCCAUAAGCUGCGAGAAUUAAUAGUACAUGAGUGGAUCUCUCACCCAGAGGAUUACCAGCCCUUCCUUGGUGUUGGACAAUUGUUAGACCAUGAAGCAUCUUUAUUUCUUAAUGAUGGUCAUUUCGCAUCAGAGUUAGGCAAUUGCAUGGCACUUGCAAUGGCAAAUUUACUCAAUCUUCCAAUUGUAGUAAUCACACAAAUGGAAAAUAUGUCAGUUGUCCCAGUUACUCCAAGGGAAACUCUUCAGUGCCUACCAAUCUUUGUCGCAUUUGAUCAUGCAGGUGUGGGUCACUAUGAUGCUGUGGCACACAGUACAAGCCAUUCAGUGGUCAAUGAAACACAAUCAUGUUCAGUCAGCAGCAUAGCUACCAAUCCUGAAUCUUGUCGUUGUGGUCAAGGCGCAAGAAAAAAAGAAUCCAAUAUCACCUCUUGUGAUCACUUCAAAAAAAGGUGCAAGUGUUUUCAAAGUGUGAAAGGUUGUAAUGACUACUGCCAGUGUCUUGGGUGUGAAAACCCAUAUGGAAAAAAGGCAAAAGCAGAAUACAAUAGUUAUCCAUCCGAAACAAGUAAAAGAAAACGACGAGCACAGGAAAUGACAACAGAGAGUAUGUCUGGAAAACACUUUCUGCUUAAAAGAACCUGCUUGGAGAGUGUUAGCAGAUGGACACUUCUUGAAGAGCUAGCCCUUAUCCAGAUUGUACAGUCCUCAUUAACUGCAGCUGGCAGUGAUAUUGAUAUUGAUGUCAUUGCAAUGCAAUACUCGCAGCUGGUUGAUAACUCUAGAAUUCAUCCCAAGUCUCAGGCUAAAGUUUCUGGAAAGGUAAUUUCUUUUAUGAAUGACGAUAGAGUUUAUAAGGCCUUGUUAAAGGAGCAAGUGAGGUUGAAUUGGUUCUGUUAG